AUGGUGAAGCCAUACAUCCCUCCUCUGCCAUAUCCUCAAAGAUUUCACAAGGAGAGCAAAGAUCAACAGUUCCCAAAGUUCUUAAAAGUGUUUAAGAAGCUGGAGAUUAAUAUUCCACUUGCUAAAGCAUUGGAGCAGAUGCCUUUAUAUGAAAAGUUCUUAAAAGAACUCAUAAACAAGAAGAGAAGCUGGCAUGAGAAGGAAACCAUCCUCUUGACACAAGAAUGCAGUGCAUUGAUUCAAGAAGGCCUCCCACCAAAGCUCAAAGACCCUGGGAGUUUCUUCUUGCCUUGUACCAUUGGUCACAUAUCCAUUGAUAAGGCACUCUGUGAUUUGGGAUCCAGUAUCAACCUGAUGCCUUUAUCUAUGAUAAGAAGGCUAUUUAUAGAAGAAGUAAAGCCUAUACAGAUGUCAUUGGAGCUAGUGGAUAGAUCAGUGGUAAUUUCCAAUGGUGUGGUUGAAAAUCUCUUGGUUAGAGUAGGAAAAUUCAUAUUUCCAGCAGAUUUUGUAAUCCUGGACUUAGGAGAAGUAGGGAAUGACUCUAUUAUAUUGGGAAGACCUUUUCUAGCCACAACAAGGGCCAUCAUUGAUGUGGAACAAGGAGAAAUGACCUUGAGGGUAAAUGAUGAGAAGAUCACCUUAAACGUUUUCCAGGAAGUACAACAUACUGUUGAAGAGAAAAGCUGCAUAAGAAUUGAAGAAGAAAACUUACAGUGGCAAGAAAAACCCAAUGAAGCAUUUAUCAACUCACCUCCAAAGAAAAAGACAAACAGUGAAUAA